UCACGGCAGUGUCACGGACGCGCAGCUCUCGUCCGAUACAUACUACACUUCGGAGCAAAGCAUGCUCUGUUCAGUGAAUAAUUCUCAUUUCGAGACUCGUUUCGUAAACGCCCGUCAAGAGCCUUUGUGCUCUUAAAGGGAUGAAAAAUAAUUUCGAAUAGAAAACAAGUGGAAAAGCGAAAUAAAAAGAGUUUUUUAAAAACCGUGAAUGUCCUGGUUGUCCCCGAGUGCCCGGAGACGACGGUUGAACCAGGUGAGACUGCCAGCGACGAACAGAACGUGCGUGCGUGCGUGCAGUGCAUGAUCGUCGCUCUUGAGUUAUCGAUAUGACGCGAGUUUUGAACACGCGUGAAUAUUCUCAGUGACCCGCGAGUGGGGAAGGGGGGUACGGAGACGCAACGGGAGAGACUAAUUCCCGUGCACCGUCGAAGGAACGAAAUGGCGAUGGAGUCCAUCAGAAAAUGGUUCUACAGGCCUAAGAGGGACGACACGAGUCUGCUGGCUCAAUUUUUCUACGCAGACGAAUCGCUGAACGCAGUGGCUUGCGAGCUCGACUCUUUCGACGGUCGCCAAGAGCCUGAACGUUGUACCAUCCUCGUCAAUCAGCUGAGACACUGUCAGGACAAAGUUCUGACCAUAUGCAAUCAGAUAAUGGAUGAGCUCAUACCCGAGAGUCGCGCCAAUCGCGACUUCAGAGUAAAGUUUCCUGACGACGUGAUGCAGGAAAAUUUAGCUGGCCAAUUGUGGUUUGGAGCUGAGUGUCUCGCAGCUGGUUCCUCAAUUAUGAAUCGGGAAGCUGAGAGCUCGACGAUGAGGCCUCUGGCGAAGGCCCUUACCAAAUCGUUGGAGUUGGUGAGAAAUCUUCUUCGAGAACAUGCUCUCAAAGGUCACAUGAAUUUGAAGGCUCAAAACCAGCUGGAACCUUCGAUUGAAAAGCUCAUCGAGUCUCUGAAAAUCUUUGACCGCCUUUUCGCCGAUUUUGAGCUUUGCUACGUCGGCGCAAUGGUUCCAGUGAAAUCUACCAAGGAGUACGAGCAGCAGGAGCUUGUGUGCGUACUUUUUUCCGAAACUCUUCAACGUGCCCUCGAACGUGGUUUGCUAAGCCAGUCUGACGUCGACAAUUAUGAGCCAGCACUGAUGUUUACUAUUCCAAGGCUCGCUAUUGUCGCUGGACUCUUGGCUCCUCCCGGAGGACCGUUGUGUCUCAAUUCACCCGAAACCAUCAGUGAAAUGUUUCGACCGUUCAGGAAUUUGCUGCUCAAAAUUCGGGAGCUUCUUUGGACGCUGAACAAUCGAGAGUUGUACAUGCUAGAAAAGUUGUUGUGUUCAAACGAGGAGCCAUCCACGGCUCCGUUAUCACAAUCGACAAAAACAACGUGUCAGGACAUCCCGGACGUCGAUGAAUUCGUACACAAUUUUUAUACGGAUUAUCCAAAUUGCAAAGAUUUUAUCGUUGAUUUUUACACUAUAACUAAAAAUACGGGCGCGAAUAUGGAUGAAACUGCGAACGACGCGGUUCAAAUAUUGGACGAGGAGAGUGGGAGAAUCGAGUAUUUGAUCGAGAGGAGAUUGCAGCCUGAGCGUGAAAAACGUACACGAGAGAGAAAGUCUCAGCGAGAAGAAGAAACGAAGAGUUCGUCCUGUAAUCAAGGACAGUCGAGAACUGAUGCGGAUAUCGAAGGCGAUUCGAGAGUCUCGAAUUUGCGAGAAUACGGCGAGACAACGACGAGUCACUCGACAUAUGCAUCGAUAGAAAAUUCGUCGCGGACGAGCGUAGCAGCAUCGACAAAUUGCGAGCAAGAGAGCGAAUUGGAAACGUCGAGAAGAGAACACAAUUACGGUUUCAAUAACGCUGAAACUUUCGCAAAUCUUCAUACGGCUUUGGCUAUCCAGGAAUCCCGAGAACGCGUGAUUGAGGGCAUCGCUUCGAUUGAACAAUCUCCCGAAAACAGGACCCAAUCGAUCAUCGAAGACAUCACAAACCCUGACAUAUCUCAAAUUCUAGGAACUCAAACCGACAGUAUUGAGAUUCCACAGACGCAAUAUCUUCUCAAUCAAGUAUCGCACGAAAAUAACGUAACGGGCGAGACGAUACACGUUGAAAAUUCAUUGCCCGAUGUGGAUUCGCAGAAAUUAAUAUCCGAGGCCAACAAAACCCUCUCGAAUCUCUUGCUAGAGGGCGAAUGUCACAACAACGAGAUUUCCGAGCAAACCGACUCGGGAAUAUGCACCGUAAUAUCGUCGGAGAAUACGAGUCUCUACGACAAAAGUCCUGAAGAGAAAAAAACAUUCGCCAAUGAAUUGGAAAACGAAGAAUCGGAGAGUCUGGUGCGCGACGAAGAUGCGCAAGAAAACACGAGCUACUCGUGUUCCAAUUUCGCCUCACCUAAACGGAAAAAUUCUACGAUACACGAGGGCUCGUCUUGCGUUUGUAGCACAAGGGGAACGAGGAAUAUUACUUCUGUCGAUAGUCACAUGGAAAUGUCGAACAAUCAAACAGCUUGCAGCGACGACGUAUCGAAAAACGUGGCGAGAAUAUCGUCCAGUUUCAACGGCACGAACGAAGAGUUCGUCGGAAUCGCUUAUGGAAACGGUCAAAUAUCAGUUUGUGACUCGAAUCCUUCGACUUUUCAGAUCAAUUAUUCAGAAAACUGGGAAAGCCUCAACCUCAACAUCGACUCGACGAGGAACGACGGGAGCAAGCGCGAAUUUUGGGGUGAAUUCAAGUGUCAGAAUUGUCCGUCCACUUCGCACCGUGACAUCGCAAAGAUUGGGAAUAACAUCGAGAGAUACGCCCAAGAGAGAAUCGCCGCUCGACGCGGCAAAGAUGGCAAAGCGAAAAAACGUCACCAGCGCAAAUUCGAAAGGAGGAACGGUAAAAAGAGCCACGAGGAUGCACAGAGGAGUUUCUCAUCGUGCAACGUACGAGGAACUUCUGGCGUUCGUUUUCCAACUGCGAGCAGCGAAAGUUCAAGAUCCAAUUCGACCGAUCGUUGCUUGAAUCCCAGGUUGGUUAAUUUUGGUGCGAGCUUACAUCCCAGCCAGAAUACACGACAAAUGCCAAAUUUCGGUAGUCACAGCCCACAGCGAAGUCCGAGACUCUGUCAUUUCGAGCCUAGAGCCGACACCAGCGGCAAUUCUUCAAGACCCACCAGUUCACGUAGCCAAUCUAGUAAAUCCUCGAGUGCUCACAAUCGUAAAUUGUUGGAUCAUCGAAGAUCACGCUCCGAACAAAUAGCGAGAAUGAAGAAAAAUUAUAUUUCCACGGAAAUUAAACACGAGGCGAGAAGAGUCGAUGACGUCGAGGCCAAGUUUGCCGAUCAAUCAACCCCGAAACGCGGCUCGAACAGUCCGGAUGCUCUCAUGAACGACGGCCUCGGACCAAGAACGGAUAAAAGUGGCCUCGCUACCGACUCACCAUCUCCGCCACCGAUCCCUGAUAACCGCUGUACUCUUCGCUCUAAUUCUCACGAGAACGAGCCACGAAGAGUACCCAAAGCAAUGAAACUCGCCAAUUCUACGAGGCCGGCCCCACCGAACCUCGAACUUUCACUCACCAGACGAGCCAACGUUCCUUCAAGCUCCAGCUGCUCCAGUUACUGCGAUUCUAGUUCCGAAACUAGCGAAUUUCAAAGCGACUGUCAAGAUGAUGAAGAAAUUGCACUUGCCAUGCAAGCUGCCGAAAUUGCCAACAGAAAUCAGAUUAGAGCUAAAUUUCGGUCGUCCGAGGAUCUCGUUCAUCGACUCUUUGUCUGUAUCGCCGGCGUCGCUGACCAAUUGCAGACGAAUUUCGCUUCGGAUCUUCGAAACAUUUUGAAAUGUGUUUUCCUCAUGAAUAGUAGUCAAACUGUCGAGACGAACGAGACGAAGGACGAAGUCCCGGAAGCCCCGAGCACACCGCUCGAUACUCAACCGCCUGAUUCCCCGGUGACGACGGAAACGAGCGAAAAUAUUGAGCGACAAGACUCGUUACAAGAGGAUGAGGAAGAAUUUGAAGAAACUACGCCCACCAAUGAGAGAAGUUCACCGGUGACGGAAUGUGGCGAGGAAUGUGUCGAAAGAGCACCGGCCUGGGUUCCAGACAACGAUGCACCAAGAUGCAUGGCUUGUCAAGCCGGAUUUACAGUUGUGAGACGAAGACAUCAUUGUAGAAAUUGCGGCAAAGUUUUUUGUGGCCGGUGUAGCAGCAACAACGUCCCGCUGCCUCGUUACGGUCACACCAAACCCGUGCGUGUGUGCAACAGGUGUUUUAUUUAUCAGGUCAUGCCGUUCACCGUGUCACAGGUCACGCCGACCAGUUGAAUAUGUGUAUUUGUUUUUCGUUAUCUCUAUUUUUUCUCGCUCGUACCGACUGUCAAAAAAGAUUUGCACAAUUUUCGGAGCGAUUGCGCCCGAGCGAACAUCGCCAAAGAUAAUCAUCUUCCCUGUCGUUGAAAAUCUUUGCAAUAAUUCCAGAGAAAAGAUAAAUAUCGAGAAUAGUUGUACAAAAUACGAUAAAAUAGAGUCUCCGUUUAAGCACGAGACGUUUCGCGCACACGCUUUUUUUUAAAUGCGCAAACGUCAUGACCAAUCGUUAAAUUUGCAUCAGACACUUCCUCGAUUUUCACUCGUUUCGUGCUAUAUCGAUGAUUGGCAAAAAUCGAAUCAGAAUCUAUUGAGUAACGCCGACGCGUUAAACUCACUGCAGCGAGUUUAUCGAAAACGUUUCUCCCAAACCCCCUUUAAUUUUUUCUUCCAAUCAUCAAUUGAGAGACGAAUUCCCGUCAUAGGCUGACCCAAAAAAUAUAAUGACUGUAAAUAUUUUCAAUCCCUGACUACGAAAUUACUAAAUUCUUUGAAAUAUUAUAAAUAGUAAUUUAAGGACUUUUUUUGUUAUUCCGUACUUUAAUCGUUCGACAAGAAUUAGAAUCAAUAAAAUUUUAGUUAUUCUCGGAAGAUGCUUCACACAUCAAUGUCUGGCUACUAAAUUUCUAUUCAGAAUUUCGUUGUUAUUCGACAACAAUCGUGUCUAUUGGAAUUUUAUUUCGAGGUUACAAACCUUUUUUAUAAAAAUUGACAAAUUCUUUGUUUUUCAUAAAAAAAACUUCAAGUAAAUUAUCGUAAAAGUCGAGAAAAUUAUUCGAUUUUUCGUUAAUAACGUUUCGACUUCAGUUACCUUUGCAAAUCAACGUCCACAUUCGAAAGAGGCCGAAUUUUGUUUUAAAUUUCUAGUCGAAUGACAAAUUACCAGAUUCAAAUGAAACAACAUUUUUAUCUAAACAAAAAAGAUGUGCAAAGCAUUCUCGAUUAUCCCGGAUCGGAAAAAAUGUAAAAAUAAGAAAGAAAACAAACAUCUCGAAACAUAAUUUGAGAAAUAGAUUUCGCAGAUGUAUCGGAAAAAACGAUGAAAAAAUGGCGGCACCUACGUGCGCGUGUGUGUGUAUGUGUCAUUCAUAAACAAAUUGGCCGAUUUCUUCUCUCACUGCAGCAGUGUUUUGUAAGAAAUAUUAUACGACGUUCUCAGUGUGAUUCACCAGAUACACAUAUAAAUAUUAUAUUGUACACACAUAAAGGUCGACUGUACGAAUCCAAUGCUUCGAUCGCUCGUUUCUUCAUGAUCAGUGAUCACACGAAAUGUACAUAUAUAUAUUACGAUAAAAGAUUUAUUGAUAUGAAAAAAGGAGCAUAAAUAAUGUAAGCUCACUUGUAUACUUGAUGACGAUAAAAAUUCAUGACUUCUGCAAGUAGUAUGAUGUUUUGGAAAAUUUGUGAGCACUUGAAAUUACGUGCUGACAUAUUAUUCGGGGCGCAGCGCCGUUGAAUCUUCGAGAAUUGGCUGGUGAUCAUUCAAUGAGGAAUCCAAUUGAAAAAUACAAGAAAAAAAUGCGGAAAUAACGGAAAAUGAAUAAUUGUGACUUUUUAACAAAAUAAAUAUCGGGAUUCGAAGCUAGUGGCAUUUGGUUAAGAAAAAAAUUGGCAAAUUUGAUAUCGAAUCAUUUUAUUCAGACUGGAACGGUGUUGAUUUUUUAUCAACUAUUUUAUAUGAUUCCAUUUAUUUAAUCAAUUUCAAUACGACGAGAAGUCGAUUUUCAAAAUAUUUGUUCUCGAAGUUCUCGAAGAUCGAUUUACGGAACAGACGACUUGUGUAAAUAAAUCUCGUACAUGAAUUACUGCCUCAACCGGGUGAUCGGCAAACCGACAGAACUUUUAUUAAGACAAUAUUGAAGUUGACUAUUAACAUUAAUUUUCAAAGUUGAAAAUUGAAAAUGGAUGUUAAUAAUUAAUAUUGGUAUUAAAUAAUUAUUAUUGAAGUAUAUAAUUAAUAUUAAUACGAGCAAUUGUAAUCGUCGAUGGGAAUGUACGGAAAAAAAACAAACAAACAAAUCUCGUAGAUUUUGUGCCAAAUUAAGGUGACAAUAAGUUUCUUCAUCUACGAUAAGAAAAACUCGGUUAAAUCGGUCUCUCGGAUCGAUAGAUUUUUCGUUUUCUUUUUUUUUCAUACAUUUUAAUUGUCUAAUUUUUCAAGAAUCCUGAACAAAUUUUUGUUAAUCAUCUGAUCAAUAAAUCCUUCGUUUGGACAGUUUUCGUGACAGAUUAUAAAACUCGUUUUAUUGCUUUUCGAGUUGCGAACAAAACUUUACGACAUUGAUGCGUGUGUGCAUUUGCAUUCAGAAGACUGUUCGAUAUAGAUGUCCAAGUAAUGUAUAAUAUUCAUUCGAACGAAUAAUGAAAAAACAAAAGAAAUAGAAGAUUUUGAAAAGCUAAUAUAAUAUCCAUAAUCACCAACGAUCGUAGGCGAGUUUAACAUUCUUCCGAGGUUCCGGACUGUUCGUCGCUUUGCGUUCUUCUCCCCUCGGUAUAGGCAGGGUCGUUUGGAUUGUUUUAUUGAUCAAUUGCGUACAUAAAUGAAGCGUUUUAUUCAGUAUUUCACUCUAAAUUGAUAACUCGCUUGUAAAAAUACGAAUAUUCAAGCCAAUUAUUUUGAUUCAUUGAAAUUUGAGCGCUUCGCGACUCACCAAAGAUCCGAAACUUUGGGUUUGCUGUAAUUAUCGUCACUUCCGUUCAUGAAGGGCGCAUCAAUGAAAGUGAAUUUUCUCGAGGCUUCGGCAAAACUUAAAAAAACGGAGUUUUUCGAAAAUUCACCUGCACCCGAAGUGUCGCCAGCGUUGACAAUAGCGGGGAGUCCAAAAAUGGCUAAAUUUCUCGGAUUUUUGUCGAGUUGCAACGUUCGAAUUUAUAAAAUGAAUUGCAAAGUACGAAAUGCGUCAUUUCGAACUACGAAUUUCUAUUCUCGCUGGUGAUUUCAGCGAUAAUUUCAUUCCGCCAAGAGCAAUUAGUGAUCCCGUGAAAUCGUCUGUACAUAUGAUGAGAGAAAAAAAUAAUAAGAAUAACAGUAGCGGCUGAAUGACGCAACUUUGAAGUUUCGAUAAUCUUUGUUGUCGCAACGCGAAGAAUGAAAGAUCCGAAUAUCAUCUCUAAGUGGUGAUUAAAUAGUCGAGAAAAAAGACCUAAAGUAGAAAGAGAAAAAGGAAGAGAGGAGAAAAUAAAUUCAAAAGUGUAUUUUCGGGAUAUUACGGCGUACGGAUAAGCAUUGAAGAAGUAGGAAGUAGGAGAAAAAAGCGAAAGAAAAAUAAUUCUAUAGAGCGACGCAUUCCAAAGUCGCGCGUUACGACGGUGCGAUUCGAUCACGAUUUUCGAUUUCGGCGUCAAUGUAGUGUCACGUGCUUCAUGUCUUUGAAUAUUUGUGUACGAAUUUGAGCGCGUGUGUGAAAAUAAGAACGUGUAAAUUUUCGACCGACUGAAAUGAAGAUUUGCGAGGACUCGGACUUUAUUCGCUCGUCAUUGGAGUGCAUGUGAUUUCGGAGAGAUUCCAUACUCGAUUUUCCUCCUCGAUUUUCGCCCUCGGGAGAGCGGAGAGUUCCAACAUACGAAAAAGCCGUUAAAAAGGGCUUGCCACGCUCGACAGCGUGUGUCGAGUGCACGUUUCGACUCAUUUUCUUCGCAGCUUCCCUGAGAGGACGAAAAUUCAUAAAUAAAUUAACUACAGCCCAGUGUGUAUAUUUAGCUCAAAGCUUUUACGAAAAAACGACGGAAGUGAGGAUAAAUUAGAUGAAAACUUGACAGCGUUCGAACCAAAAUAAGUGAGACGAGGUGUCUCGGCGGCCCAAAUAAAAGCUUCGCGUUUUAACGAAAUUUUAGAAAGAGAAUUAUUUUUUACAUAAGCGAUAUGCCUUAUCGUAGGGAUUAUCAAAUGCGAUAAAACAACAGGAGCAUCACACUAUUCGUAUCGAAUCGAAUUACUUUAUUUUAUUUUUUCUUCCCAAUCAGUCGCUCCCUCGCUCGAUCCUCAGCCGUACAAAAACAAUAAGAAACAAGUGGCAUCGUUCGACAAGUCCAAGAGUUUGCAUUUUGGAAAUGAAGCAGCAAUUUCUCCACUUUCGGUGGAAAAAUUCCUUUUUCUUCUCCCUUUUCUUCUUGUGUAUCUCUCUCGAUGUAAUAGUGAACGAGGAAACGGUGACGUGUUCAUGUGGUUGGCAAAAAUCAGUGCAAGCGUAGCGACACAUCUCUUAAAACAAUUUCACUAUCAUUUGCCCGAAUCGCUCGUGUGCACACCGUUAAUGACUCGUCAAGCUGUGAGAGUAGGGAAAAAAAUGAUUUCUUUCAUGGUCUCAAAAACGAUUUCUUCGAUGAUUUCUCAAAUCAGUUUUUUUUAGGAUGAUUGAGUUUUCGAGACUUUUCCAAUUGCACAGAAAAGACAAUUUAUUCAGAACGUGCAUUUUUUUUCGAGUCGGAAAAAUAAAUGAGUUCUUGUACAAUUUGUAACGAGUCAGAGGACACGAUGCUCUCUUGUGACGUCCAUGAUUCGGAGAGGAAACGAAUCCUGCACAGGGUAACGGACAAUGUAUGUAAAAAAAGAGAAAUAAAAUGGAUUUAAGUCGUAACUGCUUCUUGAAGGGUGAUUGUUCAUUGAUGUUCAUUGAUACCAGCCUCGUCGGACGAUGGAAUGAUUGUUUAUUGCAUCGAACAGAAGACUGGGAUCAAAACUCGUUUUUGAUCCUGCAUCGGAAUGUUUUUUUUUUUUUUCUCAAAUACGAAUUGUUUAAACUGAUUUGUAUCGCUGAUAUUUUUUACCCGAUUCCCAUCUUCUAUCCGCUUCGUUAUGCUUUCGGUUAUUGACUUACGACGAUGUGAAUGUAAAUAUAAAUAAACAGAAGCAUUUGUUAUUCA